UUGGCGUCCGGGCUAGAAGGAGAAUGGGCUCGGUGAUGUUGUCUGCAGUUGUGAUAUUGUACGUCGUCUGAAAGGUAAAGGAUAACGUUGUUGGGAGAGCAACGACUUUGGUAUUGUCAGAAAUCAGAGUGGGAUUAGUGGAAAAAGCCUAGCUCAUAGCUAAAUCACUCUUGGUUACUUUCAACCACACAGUAAGCCCGAAGACACCAUGAACAGCGGAAGUAGUUUGUUCUCGUUGUCCUCGUGGUCAUCAUCAUCAACCUCUUGCGGAAACGCGGCUUUCAAAUUUCACUCUCUUGGUCUUCUUACAUUUUUCAUAUUAUUUUUUACACAAAAUGUUGCUGGAGAAUAUUAUGGAAAGUUCAUUGGAAAUUUAUCGGAAUUACAUCACGGAGUGAGUGGACAAGUUUAUGCUGUAGACAGCAGGACUUUAUUUAUAAAGGACUUUACUUAUGAUGGUGAAGGUCCUGCUGGAUAUUUUUAUGCCGGAAAUUCUCGAGCUCCAAUUAUCAAUGGAUUCAAACUAAGGGAUGAAAAAGGAUCAGCAGGACCUCUCAAGGCAUACAAUAAGAAAAGUAUCUCUAUAGCCUUGCCAGAAGGAAAAUCUUUAAAUAACAUCAGGUGGUUCUCCGUGUACUGUGAUGAUUACUCUGUAAAUUUUGGUGACGUAAGAAUACCACGAGGAUUCGAUUUUCCCAAACCACAGAAGCUAGCUGCCUUGAAUGGAAUUCACCGUGUUAAGUCAGACCCAAUUGUUGUUAUUGAUGCUCAAACUCUCUUAGUUCCAUCAUUUAGUUAUGAUGGAGAAGCUCCAGAUGUCAAAUUUUGGGUUGGUACUGGAUCUGCUCCAUCACCUCAGGGUAUACGAGUACCUGACGAAAAUGGCAAAACAGCACCACUUCCUUCUUAUAAUAACAAAACAAUUGUCCUCACCCUGCCAGGCGACUUGACAAUCUUCCAGAUCGACUAUUUCAGUGUUUAUUGCGAAGCAUUCGCCGUGAGCUUCGCUUUUAUUCAUAUUCCUAAAGGUCUGAAUGUUCCACCGUCGCUCAAUAUGCUUGGCAUUUCACCCCAGUCCAAACUUAAUUGUGAAGUUCUUGAAGAUAGUUUGGCUUUUGAGGUAAGAUGGGCGAUUGCUGGAGACAGUAUUGUGGUACAACUUGUGGCUAAAUUAGAUGCUAAUCAAUACAUGUCAUUUGGACUAUCGGCUAAUCCAGACCGCAGUAUAAUGGUAGGCGGCGACGUUGUAGUAGCAUGGGUCGACAAACAAACACUCCAAGGAUUCGCGGUGGAUUACAUUCUCGACGCCAAGUCUCAGUGCUCUGGAACUCGAGGAAGUUGUCCAGACACCCGUAUUCAGGACAAUACAAACUCGAUUCGACUUCUCAAUGCAGCCUUGGUCAAUGGCUACAGUAUUAUAACUUACCAAAGGCCAUUGUUACCUUCAGACGAAUUAGAUCUGCCAAUAAAUACAACCAUUUCACAAGCAAUUAUCUGGGCGAUUGGUCCAUUGAAUGAAAGAAAUGAGGUCAGUUUUCACAGCCAUUAUCCGAAAACGACUAAAUUAAUUGAGUUCGGACGAGUGCCGACAUGGAAUUGUCCAAUGCCAGAGAAUAGUGAUUUUAGUGCUGAAGAAAGUCAAAGUAAGGAAAAUUUAAGCACUGAAAGAGCAACCACUUCAACUACUACCAAACGUCCAACAACUAGAGCUCCGGCCACACCAGCCCCCGCAUCCACCGCCAAUGCCUGGGUGAUACCACCGAUUGAAUGCAAUGAACCAGAAGAUGGGGUUUUAUAUGCCCAAAUGGGUCCUACUGGUGGAAAACAUGGUUAUCCAGCUAUAACUGGCCACGUAGGCUGGGGAAUCGCAUGGUACAUCAACGGUCUUCUCAUACCUGAGAUCAAUGUCGUGAGAGGCAGAAAUUACACAUUUGUGGUAGAAGCUGGUGAUGAAGUGGAUACUCCUUCUCGUUACCAUCCAUUUUAUAUCACUGAUGAUCCAGUCGGUGGCUAUGAACAUAAAACUGCUGAAGAAAAAGCGAAAGUGAAGAUAUUUGCUGGCGUUAAACGUCAGAAAGGUUCAAAUUCAUUAGUUCCAACUGGCUCCGGACGUUUUUGUUAUUGGUACCAUGACCCAGAUCAGCCAGAGGCAGAUGAAUUUGAAUCAUUCGGUGGGUAUCAACGAACACUGACCUUAAAGUGUGAUCCUGGUGAGCCUGCAAUUGUUCAAUGGACUCCUGAUGAACAUACUCCCGACACAGUGUACUACCAAUGCUAUGCUCAUCGCUACCUUGGUUGGAAGAUAAAUGUUUUAGACAGCUGCAAUUUACCAGAUAAACAGCAAGCAGCUAGUGAGCAACAUCAGGUUUAUGUUAAACUAGAAAAACCAAUAGAAGAUCUAAGCACUGAAGCAAGUAUUGGUGCUCCAAGCAAGAUGCACGACCAAUUUAUGGGCCUAUGAAAUACACAUUCCCUCAGUCGCGAGUAAACCACCAGUAUAUAUAUGCAAUGAAAAAAUCUGGAGCUCUGCCAAUAAGUAAACCAUUGCCGCAACUAUUAUCACAACAUCCG